AUGAUUCAAGCUCAGAGCCAACACUUGUUUUCGCAUCAGCACCAGUACCCCCAAGCCGAUUCCACCUGGUUGCAGCACCAACAGCACCAAUCGCACUUUCAACAACAACAACAGCAGCAACAGCAGCAGCACCAUCCUUCUUUAGCAACCUCUGCCCAGCAUGUUGCACAAGCACAACACGUUGCAGCUGUAGCUCAGCACCAGCAACAGCACCAGCAACAACAACAGCAGCAGCAGCAACAGCAACAUUACAAUCGCCUAACAUUGAACGGCGCUUCUACGAAUAACGCCCAAUCCGUCCCGGGGGGGCCUGACAAUUCUGCCGCUGGAAUGUCUCUAAACACGGAUACCAUGCUUAGCGAGGAGAAUCGCAAAGUCCUAGUGUGGGUGGCGGAGCUGUUGGACCCGAGUCGGAGGGAGACUGCGCUUAUGGAGCUGAGCAAGAAACGGGAGCAGGUGCCUGAGUUGGCCCUGAUUAUUUGGCAUUCCUUUGGUGUCAUGACCUCGCUGCUGCAAGAGAUUAUUUCCGUUUACCCGUUGUUGAACCCUUCACAACUUACUGCCGCCGCGUCAAAUCGAGUUUGCAAUGCGCUUGCUCUUUUGCAGUGCGUCGCGUCUCAUAAUGAAACUCGGACUCUGUUCCUGAAUGGUAAACUUUUAUCCUCCACUCUCUUGAAUUUCGCGGCUAACACAUUUGCGGCAGCGCAUAUUCCACUUUUCCUCUACCCUUUUUUGAACACUACAUCAAAGUCACGACCAUUUGAAUACCUUCGCCUGACGUCUCUGGGCGUAAUCGGUGCUUUGGUGAAGAAUGACUCGUCAGAUGUGAUCAAUUUCCUUCUCACAACUGAGAUCAUCCCUCUCUGUCUCCGAAUAAUGGAAACUGGAUCUGAAUUGAGCAAAACUGUGGCCAUUUUCAUCGUCCAAAAAAUAUUACUUGACGAUAUAGGCCUCGCGUAUAUUUGCGCCACGUAUGAGCGUUUCUACGCAGUCGGGUCUGUCCUGAGCAAUAUGGUCACCCAACUCGUCGAACAGCAGACAGUUAGAUUACUAAAGCAUGUUGUCCGAUGCUUUCUUCGUCUGAGUGACAACAACCGCGCUCGCGAGGCCCUUCGACAAUGUCUUCCCGAGCCACUUCGCGAUGCUACAUUCUCAUCUGUUCUCCGUGACGAUGCCGCGACAAAACGCUGCCUUGCCCAACUUCUCAUCAACCUAUCCGAUAACGUUGUCGACACGUCCGCUGGCGCAGGCCCUACCAUGUAA